CGGGUCCUUUCUCAGACAGGCCUCAUGGUCGCCUGCUACAAGGGCUUCGACAGGAUCGUGGUCCUGCUCAGCCACUGCCCCUUCCUGGAUGUCAAUCAGCAGGACAAAGAAGGAAACACAGCCCUCAUGCUGGCCGCCCAGGCAGGACACAUCACCCUGGUGAAUUACCUUCUGAACUACUACCCCGGCCUGGAUCUGGAUCGGAGAGAUAGCCGAGGCCUGACCGCUCUGAUGAAGGCUUCCGUCCGGGGCUGCUCAGAGUGUGUGACUGCGCUACUCAUGUCAGGUGCUGACCUGACAGCUGUGGACCCAGCUCGGGGCAAGACAGCUUUGGAAUGGGCAGCCUUGACGGACAGCUUUGAGACGGUGGUGAGGAUCCGUCAGCUGACCCGGCAUCCGCGCGUGGAGCAGCUGAGUUCACACUACCGGCUUGAGUGGCCGGCCCUGGCUGGGCUCGUGGCGCAGGCCCAGAGCAAUCCCACUCCCUCCUUUCUGGAGAGACUCCAGAGUGCCUUCAGCUUUUCCUUCCCCCAGCCUCCCCAGGAGGGCGGUGUCCUGGACCACCUGGUGAGGGUGACCACCAGUCUAGCCAGCCCCUUCAUCAUCACCGCCUGCCACACUCUGUGCCCGGACCUCCCACCCGAAUUGGGCAUGCUUCGUCCUUCUGUGCCGGAGCUUCAGGGCACAGUACCUCUUCAACCCCAAACCCCGAGCGUCUCCCUGCCUCUUUCCAGCCCGCAGCUCCUGGUUCCGUAUCAGAGGCCAUCGGGCGUGUUCAGCCUGGGUCCAAGUCGGCGGCUGGCCAGGGAAAGUAGUACCUCUAAUACACAGGUCCCCAAAAUUCGCUUCACCAAGGCGCAAUCUCAAUUCCGUCAGCAGAGGCAGAAUUCAAUCCCCAAAGGGGAUCGAGGACUGGUGCCCCCCUCCUGGCAGUACCAGAAACUCAGGGAGGAAAGGAAAUUGGCAGAAGAGAGAGACUAA